AGAUACAGAUUCCAAUGGCUAGAUUUACAAGGGCAGAUUUAGGGGUAAGGGAGUUGAUUAUUGAUUAAUACUGAUUCCUGUACAUAUAUUGAUGCAUGUAGAUUCCCAGGUCUCAAAUUACCCAAUAGAAUAUACUAUUCAAAGCCUCCUGGCUCUUCUACUCUAGUGGUUUUUGUUUUUAAACCUUGAGUGACAUUUCACCUUUCUAAAUCUAGAUUCCCUUUUGUAAAGGGGAUAGUGAUCCCUGAUGUUACUUCACAGGGCUGUUUUCAAGAGGAAUCAAUUGAGUAGCAUAAGUACUAAUCCAGAUCUUAUUUUCAUUUGUCAAGCUAGAGAUGUGAGCAAAUUCCAGUUAAGAUGAGACCAAAGACAUCUAAGACUUUGAGGAAUUCAGGGAUGAGAAAGUAGAGUAGGUCAGCUCUGUGGCUGGAAUUUCCAUUUAACUUAGAUGCAUCAGGACAAGAGUUACUCAGCUGGAAUCCCCUUCACAACUGACUCAUAAUGUAAACCUAAGUGAGUCACAGAGCAUUAUAGGACUCUUCCAACAAAGAACUCCUGACCUGGUUUCCUUACCAGAGGAAUGUUUCAAAAAGUGAGUAUGCUAUAGAAAUGGUUAGCUCUUAGCGAUGUUAAGAACUGUGGGCCAGCAGCAGUGGCUUACACCUCUUUUCCCAGCACUUUGGGAGACCAAGGUGGGAGGAGGUUUGAAGCCAGGACUUCAAGACCAGCCCAGGCAACAUGACGAGACUCUGUCUCUAAAAAGAAUAGUUGGGCAUGAUGGUGUGUGCCCAUAGUCCCAGCUACUCAAGAGGCUAAGGCACAAGGAUCACUUGAGCCCAGGAGUUGAAGGCUGCAGUGAGCCAUGAUCGUGCCACCGCACUCCAGCCUGGGCAACAGAGCAAGGAAAAAAAGGUUCUAAAUCAGAGAUUUAUCAUAGAAGCCAUGUAGCAUAAUAGAGAAUAUCAACUUCCAGUUCAAGUUAAGGGUGAUGAACAAUCUCUUCUACAUUUCAAAAUUCCUUUGAAAUAGUAAAAAAUGUUUUCAUUUCUAAAAAAUGCUCAAAAACAUAAAACAGGAACUAGUUACCUCAAGAUUUGAUAGAUCUGUGGAAUCUAUAACAUCCAGAUAAUUUAUUUUCUCAGCAGAACCCUGAAAUAAUUCCAAAAUGGAUGUUAACAGGUCUGGAGAAUUAAAUGUUAGAAUAGCUGAGCAAAGGCCCGCAGAGUAGCUGCUCUUUUGAGAUGUUUCAUCUUUAGCUCAGUUUUGUCAAUUUUUGUGAAAAUGUAAAAUCUAUGUAUAGUUUCAAUUUCCUUUUUGUUUUUGGGGGGGUUUUUUGUUUUGUUUCAUUGUUUUUUUGCUUAUGGAUAUCUAGUUGUUCCACCACCAUUUGUUGAAAAGACCAUCCUUUCUCUAUUGAAUUGCAUUUGGUCCUUCAUCAAAGAUCAGUUGACUAUAUUUGUGUUGAUCUGUUUCCAAACUCUCUGUUCUGUUCCAUUAAUCCAUGUCUUAAUUCUUUUGCCAAUAUCAUGCUGUCUUGAUUACUGUAGCUUUAUGGUAAUUUUUAAAGUUGGGUAGUGUAGUGUCAGUUCUCCAAUUUUUCUUCAAAGUUAGUAUUCUGGGUCUUUUCCUUUUCCUUCUAAACUUUAGAGUUAGUUUGUUGAUAACCACAAAAUAGCUUUCUGUGAUUUUGAUUAAGAUUGCAUAGAAUGUAUAUAUCAAGGUGGAAAGAACUGGCAUCUUACAAUAUUGAGUUUUCCUACCCAUGAAUGUUACAUCUCUCUCUACUCACAUAGCUGUUUUUAAACAUUAUCUUUCAUCAGAAUUGUGUAGUUCUCUUUAUAUAGAUCUUCUCCACAUUUUGUUGUAUGUAUUCUUUUUUUUUCCCACCUGCAGCUGUCUUGAUCAAGUUAUAUGUAUUCAUUCUUAAGUAUUUUUUUGGUGCAAAUUAAAACGGCAGUGUGUUUUUUAUUUUUGUUUUUUUGAGACAGGGUCUCACUCUGUUGCCCAAGCUGGAGUGCAGUGGUGUUGAAGCAGUUGAACAAACCUCUGGAACAACAAACUGAGGAAGUGGCUUUUUAUUCGGCCUGGAGCUGCAGGGGGCUGCAGCCUCAUUCACGGAGCUCCCCGAGCUGCAAGCUUCUCUCCUCUUUUAUAGGCUUAUGCUAAAGGAGAAACUGGGACGGAAAUAUGUCAUUGUCCAUUUGCUGGACUUCCGACCUUACAAUCUUUUGACUUCAUUGAUUUGCUAAUUCAUACGCAGCUCGAGGGGGAAGGGAAGGGAAGAGGGAUUACAGAGACCAGACAAAAGCAGCAAGCUGUUUGUCGGCAGAGGUGUUUCCAGGAGGGAGCCUGGUCCGUGGAGAUGUGGGGGCGUGACCCAGUGCCUGGCUCCAGCCGGCAGAGAUAACUUUCAUUUGCAGCUCUUUCAAGGUUAACAGAUAGCAGAGAUGCUGGGAACUGAAGAGGGAGUCAUUUUCCCAGCUCGUUGGUAUUUUAUUUCUUUUCCUUCUUCACUCUCCUUCCCUUCUGGAAAGGGGGAGGGAGGAGGUGAAAUUGAAGAAGUUGAGAGGGUCUCCCCUCUCAGCGUGGUCUCGGCUAACUGCAACCACCACCUCCCGAGUUCAAGCAAUUCUCCUGCCUCAGCCUCCCAUGUAGCUGGGACUACAGAUGCACGCCACCACGCCCGGCUGAUUUUUGUAUUUUUAGUAGAGGUGAACAGGGUUCACCAUGUUUGCCAGGGUGGUCUCGCUCCUGACCUCAGGUGAUCCAUCUACCUCAGCCUCUCAAAAUGCUGGGAUUAUAGGCAUGAGCCACUGCCCCUGGCCAGCAAUGUGUUUUUAGUGUGGAAUUCUAAUUGUUCAUUGCUAGUAUAUAAAAAAAAACAGUUGAGCUGGGCGCAGUGGCUCACACUUGUAAUCCCAGCACUUUGGUAGGCCGAGGCGAGUGGAUCACCUGAGGUCAGGAGUUCGAGACAGGCCUGGCCAACAUGGAGAAACCCCAUCUCUACUAAAAAUACAAAAUUUAGGGGGGCGUGGUUGCAGUGAGCUGAGAUCGCGCCACAGCACUCCAGCCUGGGUGAAGAGCAAAAUUCUAUCGAAAGGAAGGAAGGAAAGAAGAAGAAAGCAAAGAGGAAUGAAGGAAGGGAAAGAAAAGAGAGGAAGGAAGGAAGGGGGAAGGGAGGGAAGGAAGGAAAAAGAAAACAGUUGGCUGGUGUUGAAACCCCAUCUCCUAAAAAUACAAAAAUAAUCCCAGCUACUUGGGAGACUGAAGCAGGAGAAUGGCUUAAACCUGGGAGGUGGAGGUUGCAGUGAGCCGAGAUCAUGACACUACACUCCAGCCUGGUGACAGAGCAACACUCCAUCUCAAAAAAAAAAAAAAGUUAACAAAGAUAGUUUUAUUUCCUCCUCCCCAACCUUUUAUUUUCUUUUCUUGUCUUAUUGAACUAAUUAGGGUUUCAAUAUGAUGUUGAAUAGGAGUGGCAAAAGGGGGACAUCUUUAUUCUAAUUUUAGGGAGAAAACUUCUAGUUUCUCACCAUUAAGUAUACCCUAGCGAUAGGGUUUUUUGAUAGUUGUUCUUCAGUAAGUUAAGGACAGUUCCCCUCUACUAGUUUGAAUGAGUGAAUGUUGGAUUUCUGAGGCUUCAGUUUGAAAUGAUGUGAAUGCUUGUGUGACAUCCAGAGGGGAAUGUUAGGAAGGUUGUUGGAGAUAAGCAUAGUGUCUAGGAGAGGGAACUGAAUCAAGAAAGAGCAGGGAAUCACUGGCAUAUCCACAAUGCCCGAAGUCAUGGCUAUUGACAUGAUGGUCAGGGAAGUAUGUGCUGCUGCUGUUGAUCAGGCAGCUGGGCAACUUGACCAAAAAUAAUCAGAACUCUGUGUACAAUAAAUACCUGUGGCUGUAAGUGUGUGUUCCUGAGGAUAGCCUGACUACCUCACUGGGACCACAGUGUAAAGACUGUUGAUGACUUGCUGUACCUUAGGCACUCUGCUAGACUGCCUCGCACUAUCAGGUUAUCUCACUUGAUCCUUGCAAUGUUCACGUUGAGCACUGUUAAUCCCAUUACCCAGACUGAGAAAACUGAAACCCAGAGUUUCAAUAUCUUACGCAGGUGAGAGUGCUCCUAAGACAAGGCUGAAAGUGACUCUAAAGCCUGUGCUUGCCCUGCCACACUGCCCACAGUGUUUGGGCAAGGUGAAAAAACAGGCUUAGAUGGGAAUGACUGCAGGGAGUCUGAGGAAAGGAUGUGGGUUCCAUCUUCUGCUCCGUUGAGUCACCUGGAGUGGCCUGAGGCUCAACACCACUCCCACCCGGAGGGAAGGGCUUGCUUGGCCAAAAGCGCCUAGCCUGGAGUGUCUAGUCCUGCACUUCAAGAAGAGCUGCAGGUCUAAGGAGAACCUGCAUCUCCAGAAUUCAGGCAAUGGUGGCUAAGAUGGGAGGACAGUUACCCAUCCACUGACCCUGGCCCCUCACACUCUGAAGCUCUGGUCUUCCACAUGCCCUUCACACAUACCUGUACUCUCCAACCCCCGAGGGUGGGCCUGAGCUGAGUUUGAGUCUGAGUGCUGCUUUACAGUGUUUGAAUAAUUCAAGCGCCAGAAGCCUAAGGUGUCGGUUUUCAUUGCACUGUUGUCAUGGGCACAGGUGUCUCAACACCUAUGUAAUGCACGUGUGUAAUUAAGCUAAUGAAAGGACAGAGAGGGAGGAGCUGCUGUCCUGUGCCUUGGACUCCUCUAGGCUGAUCAAGGGAAGUCCCUGGUCCCUGUUGUGCUGAGAGAGCAGCAGGCUCAUACAGAGUCCAGGUGUGGGGAAUGGAAGAAGGAAGGAAGGGUGAAACAGAAAUAGGAGAAAGGGAGAGAGAGUGGAAAGAGGUGGACAGGGGACAAUCAGAGUCAGGGAGGCAGAGAGACCAAGAAAAUUACAGAGGAAAAGACAAGGAAGCAGAGACAGAAAAAAGGCAAAGCGGGUGGGGAGCAUAGGAAAGGGCAGAGGCAGAGGCCAGAAGAAGCAAACAAAGCCCAGCAGAGAAGAAGGACCAAGCUCUCAAGUCCAGGGCAAGCACCAGUUGGAUGAUCAGAAGACUGGAGGGGCUGCAGGGCACCUUAGAGGGUGGCUGGACCUGCCAGAGAUCUUAGUCUUACUUCUGACUUCUAGGUACUGUCUACAUCAUCCUUGCCAGCUGGGCCUAAUUUUGCCCUAGGUCUGGCCAGGAGGCCUCAUACACAGAGACCUGCCCCAAUUCCUACUGUGGCAAGGCCAUGGGGCUCCGGAGCCACCACCUCAGCCUGGGCCUUCUGUUGCUGUUUCUACUCCCUCCAGAGUGCCUGGGAGCUGAGGGCCGGCUGGCUCUCAAGCUGUUCCGUGACCUCUUCACCAAUUACACAAGUGCCUUGAGACCUGUGGCAGACACAGACCAGACUCUGAAUGUGACCCUGGAGGUGACACUGUCCCAGAUCAUCGACAUGGAUGAACGGAACCAGGUACUGACUCUGUACCUGUGGAUACGGCAGGAGUGGACAGAUGCCUACCUUCGAUGGGACCCCAAUGCCUAUGGUGGCCUGGAUGCCAUCCGCAUCCCCAGCAGUCUUGUGUGGAGGCCAGACAUCGUACUCUAUAACAAGGCGGAUGCGCAGCCGCCAGGCUCCGCCAGCACCAACGUGGUUCUGCGCCACGACGGCGCCGUGCGCUGGGACGCGCCGGCCAUCACGCGCAGCUCGUGCCGCGUGGACGUGGCGGCCUUCCCGUUCGACGCCCAGCGCUGCGGCCUGACGUUCGGCUCCUGGACCCACGGCGGGCACCAGUUGGAUGUGCGGCCGCGCGGCGCCGCCGCCAGCCUGGCGGACUUCGUGGAGAACGUGGAGUGGCGCGUGCUAGGCAUGCCGGCGCGACGGCGCGUGCUCACCUACGGCUGCUGCUCCGAGCCCUACCCUGACGUCACCUUCACGCUGCUGCUGCGCCGCCGCGCCGCCGCCUAUGUGUGCAACCUGCUGCUGCCCUGCGUGCUCAUCUCGCUGCUCGCGCCGCUCGCCUUCCACCUGCCCGCCGACUCUGGCGAGAAGGUGUCUCUGGGCGUCACCGUGCUGCUGGCGCUGACCGUCUUCCAGCUGCUGCUGGCCGAGAGCAUGCCGCCGGCCGAGAGUGUGCCGCUCAUUGGGAAGUACUACAUGGCUACUAUGACCAUGGUCACAUUCUCGACAGCACUCACCAUCCUUAUCAUGAACCUGCAUUAUUGUGGUCCCAGUGCCCGCCCAGUGCCAGCCUGGGCUAGGGCCCUCCUGCUGGGACACCUGGCACGGGGCCUGUGUGUGCGGGAAAGAGGACAGCCCUGUGGGCAGUCCAGGCCACCUGAGUCAUCCCCUAUCCCUGAGCCUCCUGAGGGAGGGGCUGGCCACCCAGAGGGCCCUUGCCAUGAGCCACGGUGUCUGUGCCACCAGGAAGCCCUGCUGCGCCAUGUAGCCACCAUUGCCAAUACCUUCCACAGCCACCGAGCUGCCCAGCGCUGCCAUGAGGACUGGAAGCGCCUUGCCCGUGUGAUGGACCGCUUCUUCCUGGGCAUCUUCUUCUCCAUGGCCCUGGUCAUGAGCCUCCUGGUGCUGGUGCAGGCCCUGUGAGGACUAGGACUAAGUCACAGGGAUCUGCUGCAGCCACAGCUCCUCCAGAAAGGGACAGCCAAGGCAAGUGGCUGCUGGUCUUUAGGCCAGCCAGUCUCUCCCCACUACUCCUAAGACCCUGGUACACUUGACUUCACAAUCCACGAGGGAGCACUCAUUGUCUACACACUCUAAAGGAAGUCCAGAGACCUAAUUCCAAAAAAAGGAACUCUACAAAGGCAAUGUCACGGAGUACAGUCUUGGAGGCACAGAAUUGUUGGUGCUGGGUAUUAGAGCUGUCCGUGGUGAGCAUGCUGGUUAUUUUGAGAAACAGACUGCCACAUUUCCUGUCUUCCUUCCUAGAUGGCUGCUUUGCAGGGCCUUGGCUCUUACCUUUCCCUGCCUAGGGGCGCAGGGAAAAGGAUUGGGGAUUCUCAGUCUAGUUUCCAGACAGGAGGCCCUAUGGACAUUUGGCUCCAAAUUCCCAGUUCAAUAAAGUAAGCGUGUACCUAGCA